AUGGAUCCUGAAGUAUUUCAGUACAUCUUUCACCAUGUCGUCUUCCCUCCAAGGCUACCCGGAGAACCUGAACGCAGACAAAAAUUCCUUGAGAGCGGGAUGAUGAGGUUCGUAAAAGAUACCCUUGCCUCCUUUGUGAAAACGAGACCGCCAGACAUCCAGGACAAAUGGAAGCCGGCUGUCAAUAUGCUUGAACUGUGGAUCUCAGUCGAUGCCGGAGGGGAUGAUCUCAACCGCCAUCAAGACCUUCUCAUGCGCCACAUAAAGGAUCUGAAAAUUCAUGGAGCUGUUGCAUUAUACGUUUGUGCACAAAACUGUGGAUGGCUAGCACAUUAUGACAGUGCCCGCGACAAUGUCAUUAUUGAUGCUUUUGAGGUAACCGCCACCUCAGCUGCUAUCCUCAAGGCCACAGGUCCUCUUAUUCGUUGCUUUCCGGGCCAGAGUGCGGUCAUUUCCGCCUCGAUGAUCAAUGAAACUGCCUUCUGCAAAUAUUUGGCUCAUAACCUCUGUCGUCUAAACCUGGAGUCUGUCCGUGAGAUGUGUCCCAAGGCCACUCAAUCGCGAGAUUGUAUCAAGGAAAUCCGAGAUACCGUAGAUCCUGGCUUGGUCACCGAGGGGCUAAUGUCCCAGCUUUUAGCAUUCGGGGAACACAAUGUCUGGAAGUCCUUUGAAAAGCACAUGCGUGACGAAGUUAUUUAUGACGACACCAAACUACCAUGGCGACGUUCACCUCUGUGGUUCGUGAUGAAAGUUGCCCUUCAGACGAUUCUCUAUCGCAUAUUUCCAGACAAUGAGGGCCACGCGGAAUAUAAAAAUUAUAUGCUAUAUCUCGCGGUUAUGAUCGGAGAGGAGGCUCAGAACCUAGAGCUUCCCAACAUCGCGGAUAUUCUCGCCAUUAGCCGAGCCAAGGUCGCUCGUCGGACGUAUAAACUGCAGGGUAAAACUUUUGAAACUGUGAUGAAGCGAGUAAUGGAAACCGAUGAAGCCAUUUUACAGCAUUUGCAACAGCUACGUGCCCGCGUUCAGACCCCUGAGUCCAUGGCUAUUUCCCAUUCGUUUGGACCGUUGCAAGAAUGUGACUUGGAAGCAUCACUAAAGCAUUCCAGAGAUUACAUAUAUAAUGCAAUGAAGUCCCGCACACCAGACAAUUGUUCGUCAAGCUUCAAUAAGAAGCACAAACAGCGAAGGGGGCGCCAAACAAGUGGCCUCCCGAAGAUAGAAGACGACGAGAUUCUCUCGCUACUUGACUUUGAAGCUGGGGUAGAUACAGAGCUACAAGAAUGGCAUGCAAAGACCAGUCCAACGGAGAAAGUUUGCUGUGAUCUUGCAGAUCUCAUCGAGAAAUACUCCGAAUUCGCAAGCAAGAAAUACGCUCAGAUGCCAGACGCAUCCUCUCCGAUGCUUCUUGUUUUGCUGGAAUUAUGGGUUUCCCUUGAUAGUCUCUGUGUCCGCCUCUGUCCUAUCCUUAAGGACUAUUCGCCUGAGCUGUCCAAGAAGAUUGUUGAGCCCCUACUUCUCCCUCUCUUUCAUCAAAUGCAACGGGCGCGACAAGUCGAGGACUAUAUCCGUUCAAGACAGCCACAUGGUAGCUCUCUCAAGAGCAUCUUUUCCGACCCCGGUCCCGACACAUUCGCCGUUCGAUAUGUGGAUAAGAACCGGAAGCAUAAAAAGGUUCUUGAAAGUAUUGAAAACCUUGCCACACAGAAACGGGAGGCUUUGCGCAAGGAAUGGGAAGAUCGGUCAAAAGAAUAUCAAGACCUCAUCAGCCAAGCAUCAAACCUCACUCAUGACUCUGAUCUAGAUGAAUGGGAUAAUGAGACACAUUCUACCUCGUGCGAUAAGUGUGCUUUGGAAACGAAGGCGCAAAAACUUACAAUCCAAGUCCAUGAGUGGCCACUUCCUAACGAUGAGGACAAGGCUAAGAAUAUUGCGUUUGAACUUGAUUGCCCUCGCUGGUUUGCAAAAUGGCGGGAUAUCACUUGGAAAAUUGUGGACGACUAUGGCAGGCCUCAGGCAAGGGAACCCUCAAGGAUGGAAAUGAAUAUCUUAGAGUACCCAGCCACGCAAACUUUCGUUACUAAAUUGGGUCAAAGGCUGACCCUCGCUUCUUCCACAAAAUCAUGGUUGAAUACUCAUUACAAGACUCAGAAAUUUCCAGUCACUUUCGAUACAAUUGCUGUUUCCAAUCCGUUUAACUUCUCGCUGUGGGAUACGGAGAGAGAAGUAUGGGUUGCAGGAAGAUUCAAGCUCCAAAAGUACCCGACCUUCAACCAUUUGUGCACCCUUACGCUCAACAACCCAAAAUAUUCCGGCCUUCAGUAUGCAGUUGAGUCAUGUCAGCAUCACCAGAACAAGGUGCUAGCAGACCAACGUAACUGUCCCCCAAAGAUAACCCUCCAGGAGAUGAGCGCCUUCGGUCAUCUCCGUGCUGGCGAGCGCCUACAAUGGUACAAUAUAACCCGAGAACUAGUAUCUCCCUCGUUCUCGAUGAAUGAGAGCUCUGUCCACAAGUUGCUAUGUCAAGCAGCAUGGGAGCUUGGCUCACAUGGGUCCGGAACGCAACUUGGCGAGGCUCAUGCAUUCUUUGAAGAGCUCGCCUCCGUUAACAGACUUUUAGAGUCGCUCGAACAUAGGCUAAGCAUCAUUUCGACAAACUGGAAUGAACACUAUACUCUACACACAGUCGUUAACUUAGGUGUUCGAAUUUUAAGUCUUUGUCCCACGUCAGCUGUCGAGCGCGCAUCAUCCUUCCUCAGGCGUUGCAGGAAGGUCGCGAUAGAUUGGUGCACAAGGAUUAAGACGGCUCUUGAUGCCAAAAUAGGUGCCGAGAAUGAUUCACGAUUGUCACUACUUUUCAAAAUUGGGGCAAUCUGUCUUUUGACAUUUUCUGUUGAGGAUAGACAUCUUAGCAAAGUCCUUGAAAGCGAAGAGGAUUUGCAGUUCCUGUUGAGAUCUUCGAUUGUGCUCUUUGAGAAUACCCCUGGGCCAAUCGAGAGCCAAUCUUUGGAGAAUAGAGCCUUAGUUCUUCAUGGUACAAGGGUUCUCUGUAAUGCUGAGAAGCAAGUCUCGCAACUCAUCAUUAAGCACCCGUCGGCUCUUAAUGUUGCUAUCCAACAAACCGCCAACCACCUUCAGUUUUCUUCACCCUGGUGCUUCGCUCCUGGAGAUAACCAGAGAUGGGCUACAAAUAAAUCGGUUUUAACCACUGAUGGGGAUACACAGGAAGUUCAUUAUAAUAUACUGAGUGGCGAGCUCCUGGUUAACAAUGAACGGCCAAAGCGCCUUCCGGAUGAGUACACCAUACAUCCAUUAUUCCAGCGGCUAUUUGGCUCGCAAACUAUUUCUGUGGUCUCUUGCCGCAAAAAGGGCACGAAGUUUGCAUCAACGCAACGGUUCGGGAAUUACAUUGUUUAUUUUCGUCUUGAGGGAGAUCAGCUUGUGGUUAAAACGAUGGCAGACCACGCCCUGCGGCUAAUACCACAUGACGUCUUAGCUGAAGACUUUCCAGACUCGCUUAUCACAAAAUUUGCGCACUGGUUGGAUCUAGAGACAGGAGAAAUUGAGUUCCGACCUCUUGAUCAAGCCUGGGAGCCGAAUCCGAAAAACUGGCGUACAUCCUAUAAGCACCAAAAUGGAGAGAUUCCGAGGACUAAACAGGGUCAACGAGUGCUGGUUGAUGUUCACAGCGGCCUCUUUGAACAAGUUUCAAAUGUUCUGUCUCGCUUAGACCAUCUGAAGCACAUCCAAAUCACGUCAACCCAGGACAGCAGAAUUGAGGCCAAAUUGGUCCGCCUGCACCUAAGUUUCUUUGUUAAUGCCGAUGGUGCAUUAGAAUGUCGGGAGCAUAAUGCUAUAGUUGAUCAGGAUCAGGACAUCGGAUGUCUCUCCAACCUAUUCAGCAAACUUGUUCUACGCGGUAAAACUGGUCAGGGUCACCGUACGGUGUUGAUUCCUUACGGAAUGGUGAGAAUCAGCAAAGAGGCAUUAUACAGCCAAGUUUCGAUAUAUCCUCUAGACGGUUCGCGCGUCAAAUAUUUUCAUUACUUAUUCGACCCAACCCUUGGGAUGCUCUCAGACACCUCCGGUAUGGCGGGUGCCUUAUAUCAAGCUUAUUUGCACGCCGUUACUACCUAUGUGCUUCCUGACGCUGCAACAAACCGAUCUGGGACCGAGGAGGCUCUUCGUAUACUCCGACAAGCCCGAAUGAAAAGCUCGUUUCCUUUAGAUAGUGAUUGCAGUCAUCUACUGGAGCUUAUCGCAUCUCUAACUCCGCGGCGCCAGUACCAUCCGCCUGGAAUAGAGGUCAUGCAAAGGGUCAUUUGGAAUCCGCAAAUGGGUGAACUAGCACAGCAUGACGACUUCAGAGUGAUCACUCAAGAUAUUUUCAAUCACACGGCCAAAUUUGCUGCAUUCCACAGUUCGAAGAAGGAGCUUCCAUCAGGGCUUGAUCGUGGAGACACUCACCUUCUCGAUAGAGCACGACACUAUCAUUCCCGGUUUCAUCGGUCUGAGUUUGCGAACAAUUUGACCGGCCUAGAUAUAAGAUACCCUGAGAAGCCCAUGCCAUCUGAAUAUAACGCGCGAGACCGGCAUGGCUGUGUUAGUGAUCGAAGCCGUCGUGUGUAUGAGACUGCUGCGCUUAUACGAGAUUGGCCCUCCAAUGCAAGUCAGAAAGAAAUGCUUCUCAAUAUGGUCAAAGCGUGGGGUAAUAUCUAUAUGAGAAUACUUACGCCAGAUCAGCACACAUAUACUUCACUCAUGGAUUCGCAGAUUCAACAUCUAUGGGGCUCUUUAUACAGCCAGUGCCGCUCGAGCAACCGGGAAACGGGAACAUACAAACUGAUUUCAGUAUUUUGCACGAUUGCCUUCGGUAAAUCAGUCCCAACCUGGCAGCUGCGUCAUCUAUUAACAAUUGCAUUCUCUGGAUAUUUUCCCGAAGUCCCCCAACAGUUGCUCCAAGGGCCAGUGCAGUUGGGUCUGGCACCGGGGCAAGACAUUGACAGGUCAAAGGUCAAAGAAGAGAUAUCUAACAACUAUCCGCCUCAAAAACCCAAUCCUAGAGGCAACAUGAAGAAUCUAUCAAAAUCCGAAAAAGGCAAAAGGCGUUAUGAACAGAAAAAGAAGUACGAAAAAACGAAAAAACAGGAAAUCGAAGCCCUAGCAAGCCAAAUCACCAGACAGUGGCCAUGCGAGGUUCUUCAACGACCUACCAAUAUGGAGCCCUGGCAAGUCAAGAGCUUGAAUGCCUCUGAUAUUCUGUUCAAGAGCUUUAACAGGAAUGUCCAAUUUCAUCAGUUUAUUGAGCUUGUACAACAGAAGCUAGAUGCGGUGCCUAUAUCUCCACUUCCGGACCUACUACCAAUACCACCUGCUCUUCCGCAGUGCCGGCCCUUGAUCUAUGCUCGAUCAAAUCCCUGGCAGGCCCCAAGUCUCCAAGAUAUGUUACGUUCCUCAAAUGCUCCUCUUCCAAUGGACAUAGAUCAAACACCCCUCCGAUACCAGAGACCUCAAGUGCCUGCAUCUUCUGAUAGAGGCCCUAUUGAUAAUCUUCAAUCCUUAAUCGUGGGUCUCCGCAGAAGUACCAAGACUAUGUGUCGACAAUACGCGCAUACGCUUUUGGAUAGCCUGGAAGCACUAGACAAAGUGCACUUGCCCUGUGUAUCUGCGGGACUCCCCAUUGAGAGAGACUCUCUUGUCCAGCAUCACAAACGCGCCAUAGAGCAACGAGAUAGCCUCUGGGGUCAGAUUGUUUUGGCAUUAACAACGGUGGAUAGUAGCUGGAAGGCCAUAGGCGGUGCCGUAUUUUGGCCGUCCAUCACUGUCUUGUCGAUGCUGUCGUUUCUCGCGGCUGAUAAGUGGGAUUCUGUUCCUCCAUUAUGGAAAGAUACGCUUUUGAUGUUUACAAAGGUCAUCGUUUCUUUGCGUCGAUACGAAAGACUUUUAGAACAUUUCGACAAAGAAGAUAUCAAUACAUUCUACAAAGAAGCAGAAACAGUAGGCUGCGAAGGAUGGGAUGCAUCAAGCAAUCCCGAUUGGCUACUUUUGGAAAUCGAGGGAAACAUGACAAUCAGGGAACGCCAGGCAAAUGUCGCACAUAGAAUGAUCGCGCCAGAAUCUAAGGAAAACUGCGUCCUGCAGUUGAACAUGGGGGAAGGCAAAACGACGAUUAUCACACCGAUGAUUGCAGCGUGCCUCGCAAAUGGUGCCCAGAUGGUUCGCAUUGUAGUGCUGAAACCGCUUCUGCGACAAAGUAUCAAUCUUCUCUCCCAGCGCCUUGGGGGUCUAUUGAACCGUCCAAUUUACUAUGUUCCUUUUUCAAGAAAUACACGCAUCGACAAGAGUACUAUAGAGACCUUACAGGCAACCUAUAGCGAAUGCCAGCAAAAACGAGGAAUGCUUAUCGUUCUUCCAGAGCAGCUACUUUCGUUCCGACUAGUCGGGCUAGAUCUCGCACCGAGCGAUAGUGCGCUUGGGCUCGUUGACAUAGAGCAAUCACUGCAGGAUAGCUGUCGCACUAUCAUUGACGAGAGCGAUGAAAUCCUGGAUCCGAAAUUUCAAUUAAUAUACACACGAGGCAAUCAGCAGAAUGUCGAUGGGGAAAGUGAUCGCUGGGCCAUUAUCCAGUAUGUGCUUGAGUUGGUAGAAAAACAAGUCAAGACCUUGCAGUCAGAAGACCAAAUGAGCUUGGAUAUCGAACAGCGGGGUAUCCGCUAUCCUCUUAUCCAUUUUUUGAGCAAGGAUGCUCCAGAUCGACUGCUUCAGAGAGUCACCGAAGCUAUCAGCCGUGGAGAACUUCCAGGAGUAUCAUUCACGGAGUGGGCAGAGGCAACGCAAACGAGUGUGCUGAAUUUCAUAACUUGCCUUGAGACCAACAACACAGACAAGAGGGUAGUACAAAAUACCUUCAAGGAUAGUAUAAUUCUCAAGAAACUCCUGGUCCUAAGGGGUCUUUUUGCUCACGGUAUACUACGCUUUGUGUUAGCAAGCAAGCGCUGGCUUGUGGACUAUGGCGUUCAUCCCUCGCGAUGCUUGUCAGCGGUGCCAUUUAGGGCUAAGGGAGUGCCAUCAGAAAAUGCUGAGUUCGGGCAUGCGGAUGUUGCGCUGGUAUUGACGUGCUUGAGCUAUUACUAUGAGGGUCUUACCGAAGAACAAGUUCGACAAUGCUUCUAUUUCCUAAUGAAAGAGAAUGAUCCUGGAGCUGAAUAUCAGCGCUGGAUUACACGGAAUCGGGAUGGACUGCCCGAGGGUCUACACUCCUUCAAUGGGGUCAAUUUGGAGGAUGAUCACGCCUUCCAGAGAGUCUUAUACCAGCAUCUCCAGUACCAGAAAGGGAUCAUUGACUUCUUCCUUGCCAAAAUUGUCUUUCCCAAGGAGGCAAAGGGCUUCCCUUCCAAACUGUCGUUGUCUGCAUGGGACAUUCCCUCGAAGCCGGCUCAGCCACUUACGACCGGAUUCAGUGGAACAAAUGAUAAUCGAUACUUGCUGCCAAAGUCAAUGCCCCAGAAAGACUUACCGUAUCUUCUUCAUACCAACGCCAUGGUUCUAAGCCAGCUCCUACAUGACGACAAUAAGCAGUGUAUCCUUGCAGAAGAUAAGGAUGGUCGUCAGCUUCCGGUGAACGGGCUCUUGCAUCUUAUAAAUGAUCAAAAUCCUCAUAUCAAGGUUAUCAUUGAUGUCGGAGCCUUAAUACUAGAGUCAAGUAACGAAGAAGUUGCGAAGAAAUGGCUAUCUAUUGUCCCAGCUGAUAGAUCCCGUGCCGCUAUCUAUUUUGAUGCCAAUGAUGAAGCUAUGGUGGUUGACCGAGAGGGUUACGUUGAACGGCUUACUGCGUCCCCUUUUUACGACCGGCUACAUCUUUGCUUGGUCUUCCUGGACCAACACCACGCAAGAGGCGUCGAUAUCAAACUUCCACGCACAUAUCGUGCAGCAGUGACACUUGGACCACGACUAACCAAAGACCGACUGGUUCAAGCAUGCAAUAGAAUGCGAGAACUAACCAAUGGCCAAUCGGUGGCUUUUUUUAUACCUCCAGAAGUUAGGCAUGAUAUGAAGAAGGACGGCGCAGGCAUUGCUUCCACCGACGUUGUACAGUGGGUGCUAGAACAAACUUGCGAUCAGCUGGAAAAGUUGCAACCACUCUGGGCAUGGCAAGGCUUACAUCAUUUCCGCUGCGCCCAAAUAUGGGAUGAUUUUAGGACGCGCGCCAGUUCCUUAGAAGACAUUGUGGCUCGCAUCCAGCAGCCUGAGUUAAAGUCUCUUUUUCAAUUAUACGCUCCGUGGGGGGAGCAUUCUCAGUCUAUUGCUUCACUCAGAGAAUUAGCCCCACACGAUCCAACAGUCCGUGAACUUCUUGAGAAAUGGGAAGGAGUCGCAUCUACGCAGACUACUCUUUACGAGGAGCAAGAGCGAGAGCUAACCCAGGAGAUCCAGAGAGAGCCUCAAAUCCGCCGUCCGCCAUCUGUGGAGGCACAAAGUCACAUCGUGAAUGCCGAUAUCAAGCACUUUGUCAAGCACGGUCAAUUCCCCAGGUGGAUCUCAUCUGACGAUGUUGACCCAGCGUUCAAAUGUCUAUCGCAAACAUCCGCACGCGCAUUUGAACUUCCUACCAGCAUCGGACCCCAUAUAUAUGCUUCGCUCGACUUCCUAAGUACGAUACGCCAGGAUGAUAAUACUGUUGAUGAUGAGUUCCUGAAGCCUGUGCACUGGGUUCUCUCGAGUACCACCAUUCAAACGCUCAUCAUUAUUAGCCAGCACGAAGCAAACUACCUGAUACCCAGCAUCCGCAAGUCCAAAAAGGCUACACUCCAUAUGUAUGCCCCGAGGACGGCUAAAGAUAUGUGCUCCUUCAGCAAACUUGACUUCCUCACAGUUGGCCAACCUAGGUCACCUCUCCAAGUAUCGCCAGAAGCCAUCCGAGAUCUUGAAAUAUUUUCCGGGAGUCUUUAUUUUGAUUCUUUUGCCGAGUACCAGAGUGCCUGCCAAUUCUUCGGAUUCAAAACCGAUAGGCUCCUUGAUAUCCCCCAGGACGCCAUCACAAGCGAGGGCUUCGUGAGCAAAGAGGCGCGCACCCAGGCCCAAUGGCCAGUCCAUUGCCCUUUCACCACUAGCCCACUACCUUUUCUGAAAGCAUGGUAUAGCAUUCGGACAAAAGGCCAGGGGUUUUCUCAGUCCCAUAUUGGGUCUAUCGUGGAGGCGCGACGCCUAACCGAGGACCGUUUCUGA